GUUCGGUGUCUGGAUUUGCGAAAAAGCUCGUGUUACGAGUUGCCAUGUUUACAUUUAUUGACAUGCCAGUUACAGUGAAAGGUCUUUUUUCUCAUUCCGACUUCUCUUAUUCUCUCACCAUUUACUCAUUGCUUCCAACCAUCAUCUUAAAUCUACAUCACCCACAUUCGUCUAAACCAUGUCCAACCUCAAACUUCGUAUUGGCAUUAUCAGUGCACGAGGAUUAGCCGCUGCUGACAAAACAGGAUUCUCGGAUCCCUAUGUUGUGAUGCGUAUCAAUGAAAAGAAAUACACCACCAAGGUGAUCAAGCAGACACUGGAUCCCGUUUGGGACGCUGAAUUUGAUAUACCGAUUCAUCCCGGGAAGCUUCCUGUAUUGGUGAAUUUUACAGUAUGGGACAAGGAUACUUUUGGCCGAGAUUUCCUGGGAGAUGUGAAUAUUCCUUUCAAGAACGUGUUUGACCGCAAUGCCGGUGGCGUAUCCGAUGGCUUGGCCAGACAUUACAAAGAUCCCGAGAACCAAUCCGCUUGGUACACUUUGGCCAAACGAAGCGAAAAGAAUAAUGUGUCAGGGGAGAUGCAAAUCAAAUUCGGGUUUAUUGAAGACCACACUCGAGAUCCUCAACAGUACGAGGAAGCUUGGCAACAGCUGAUCGGUUAAAUCUAUACCUGGCGACAUUUGAUAUAUUGCAAGGGGUUUUUGCGACACUGUUUUUUUUCAUCGUUGUACAGGAGAUUACGUUCAUUCAUCCAAGAUCGUAUACCACUAUCAUAGACCAAAAUUUAUAGACAAGAUAAAAAGAGCAAACAAAAAAAAGAGAGAAUGUAAAGAGAGGGAAACAAGGUUCAAUGGAAAUGAUCAAAGAUGAUCUUUUGACGACUGUGGGAAAAAGGCCCAUAUUUCAAUCUCAGUCGAAUGACAAACA